AUGCUGUUGGAAACUUUGAAACGAAGUCUUAAGGAUUGGGAAAAACAGUUCACAAAAGACCAUGAUCGGAAACCGUCCAAAGCGGACAUCAAAGCCCAUCCAGAUAUCGAAUCGAAAUACAAAGAGUAUAAAGUGUUGAGAUAUGGCGGCAAGGAGAAACCAGAGACUCGAGACCAUCAUCAUAGAUCAAUGCACCAUCAGCAUUUCAAAGAUCCAUCGCAAAAACCGGUUAGAUCAAAAGAAUUCGUCAACACUUUUGGUUUACGUACCCCCGAUAAAUCUUCUCCUGACACUACUAGAUCAGUUCACCAAUCACCAGCAGAGUCUCCUAGCAAACAGGUAGUGGAACUUGGACCAACCCCACAAUUGAACGGUCGAUUACUCGGAAUAUUUGAGGAAUCAUCAGGGAUGGUCAAAACAAAAACUACCGGGCAAUCUGAUUUCGCUACUCCUACAAAAGAUGUUGAAGGAUCACCAUCGGUUUCGCGAACCAUCAUCACCCUCACCCCAACUGCAAAACGGAAAAUUGACUUUAGCGAAAUUAAUAGCGAAGACGAAGAUGAGACUUCCACCAUUAUAGUGACUCCUAAGAAAAAACCUAGUGGGAUAUUCUUAAGACCUUCCAAAUUUACUAAGUUGACCCUUGAUAAAUAUAGUACCCCGACUCAUAACAGGAUCCUCAGAUCCCCAGUGAAAACUCCUAAUAGAUCAUCUCCUAUAAAGCCGAUAGAAAUGACCCCAAGGUACUUAUCCCAAGGGGCAACGGUAUCAAUCCAGUCUCCCGAGAAAAGCCCGUGUCGUAGCGACGACAGCAACACUAAAUUAAUAUCCCCUUCGGUAUUCAAGUAUCAAAACCGCAUUACUUUCAAACGCGAUAAAGGUCUUAAGCGCCGGUCGCUUAGUGAAAUAUUCCAAGAAGUGGAGGAACUCAAACAAAAGAGUAUUGCCGAUGACGAGCAAAUGAAAUUGGAGAUUGCUCUGGAUUUGAAAGAGCAACAGCUUUUAGCAGAUAUCGAACGAGAGGAUAUGGAAAACGGGAUGUUAGAACCGACAGACCGGUUCGAACUCACCGGGGAUAUGGGACGGCCUAAAAAUGAAUUUGAAAAUGAAUUGGAAGACGAAAAGGAAGAAAGUGUAUCGACAGCUGGUGAUAAUGUUGGGCCAGAUGAUCAUAAGACCGCGUAUUGGAAAAAGAAAAAGAAGGUGAAACGUCAAACUAGAAGAGUUAAAAUGAAGAGUAGAGAAAACUUUGAAGAAGCCAAUAUCACCGACAAUGAUGAAAUUGUUGGGGAGAUCGCUUCUUUGAAGCAAAGGCAAUUGGCUGGAGUGACCCAUCUUAGUACUCGAUCGUCAACGGUUUCUGAAACCGAGACGAUUUUCUCUAUAAACUAUAAUGAACAGAAGGAAGAAGAAAACCAAGAAGAAGAAGAAGUCUACAAAGAAGAGGAAAUAGGUGAGGAAGAAGUCAAUGAUUCGGAUGAAGAAUAUAAUGCGGAAGACGUUAUUCAGGAAGUUUCUAAUCUGAAAUCCUCUGGGCAAGCGGUUAUCAAUAAGAAUUUUAAGCGGUAUAAAUUGAAGAAAAGAGGGGGAGGAAGAUUCGGAAGGUUUAGAAGAUAG